CAUAAUCCGGUAUUCGUUGUAAUGGCAGGGCAGGCACAUCGAAUAAUACCACCACUGUCCGUGACAUUUCUGGGAACGAGCAGCGGAGGAGGCCCUACAUCUACUCGAAUCUGCACCUCCACGAGUAUCAACUUCAAGUGGCGAGAUACGAAUAUAAGUUGGCUGGUCGAUUGUGCGGAAGGUACCACCUCACAAAUGAGGAAGACGCGCCAUCCGCCAAUUCACCCCCACCAAGUACGCCGAAUUUUCAUCACGCAUAUGCACCCUGAUCAUGUCAUGGGUAUCGUACCUUUCAUGCGAACGGCACUCAGAGGCCGCAGCGGUCAAACCAAGUACAGCAAUACGGGGGUUCCUCAGGCUGACCUCCAGCUGUACGGCCCCUCAGGUCUCAGACGCUUUGUGCGCGAGAACUUGGCAAUGACGCACACUUCUUUCGGACGGUCAUACGCAGUUCACGAACUCCUGCGUCCAAGAGACAGAGUGACUUCAGGUGCCUUGCAUCAGGAUGAAUGGCCCGGAGACAACUUUCUGGCUGAUGGUGACGUACCUGGGGACCGCUGGCAUAAUUUUCUGAAGGCUCCUGGGAUGCGGGUAAGUGCGGCGAUGCUCACCCACAGAGUUCCUUGUCUCGGCUACGUCUUCACUGAGGAUGCCCGUAAAGACGGUGGGGGGCACAAAAUAGUCGUACUCGGCGAUACGUCCAAUUCGACUGCGAUAGAACCACUGGCAAUGGGCGCCGAUCUUCUCGUGCAUGAGGCAACUAUUGCCCAUAUUCCUGCACUCUCCCCUGCACCUCGGAGAACGACCGAAGAGGAAACGGAUCGCCACGUUUCAGGCAACGACAGCGAGAGAGACCAACAGGAACCCUACACUCAGUCAGCUUCCACCGGGUCCGAGUCCGCGCACACGACAGUGGUAGGAGAAGACGGUGCUCUCUCGGAGCCCCAGACCCGCAUAGUCCCUAAACUCUCCCGUGAAGCCCUUAAGCGGAUAGUUGAAGGCUGGUCGCCGGCAUCAGAACCCAUCAAAAGCGAGAACAGAAUCGAGCCGCACUCGACGGAUGAUCAUGUUUCACAAGAAGAUCGCGAACGGCACGACAGGGCGCUCCAAGUCGCUCUUGAUUCGGGCCACUCCACGCCCAGCAUGGCCGGUGACUUCGCCAGGCGAAUUAGGGCCAAGAACCUCUAUCUCAACCACCUGGGUGCAAGAUUCGAUGCAUUCAAGGGCAAGCAGUACUGGCGGGAUACCUUUGGCAGGAAGGUCCCAUUCUGGGAGCGCAAGAGCCCGGGCAUACUAGAGGUAGAGAGGCAGGCUACCGCAGCUUGGCAGGGUGUCGAUGACGCACACGUCAAGAGAGCGGUGGCCGCUCAUGAUCUGCUGGUUUGGGUCCCCGAGGCAACCCGACCAAGUUUGUAUGAGUCAGGCCGUUCGGGCGAUAGAGAUUUCGAAUGAGCAGAGGUUGGCGUGGAUGUUAAACUACCGUCGGUGCGGCUUCGACCAAACGAGAAUAUGACAUUUCGGUUUCAGCUAAGGGCUUUCUUACAACGAUUCUGACUAUGCCUGUUGUCUACACGCUAUAUAACAGAAUGUAAGACAGGAACAAUUCCCC